GUCCCCGACCCAUAAGAUUAGUUAGAGUGAUUUCCCUUUCAAUUUGUAAACAUUGUAUGUUGAAUACAUUUUAUUGUCAUUCGGAAUAGCACGUGCACAAAAUAAAUAUUUAUGUAAAAUAAGUGCUCCAUUCAUAAUGGCAGAUUCAGAUUUCGCUAAACGCCAGCUUAGGAAAUAUGGAUGGACUGAAGGUACAAAGCAUUUUUAGUAGGUGCUGCCUUAGUAAAAAAAAAUGUUUGGUGAUGACACACCACUACUUCCACCAUUAUCAUUAACCAUUAUUUUAUUACUCCAUUACUAUUACAAAUUACUUUAAUUACUAUUAUUACGUAUGCUCAGCCUCAACGUCUACUCUAAAUUUGAUGCAUGCUAUACUAUAACUAUAGUUCUAAUUCUUAUCAUUUGUAUUCAUUAUUAGUAAGCAAUCCGGUCAAUCCUAAUGCUUCUUGGAGACUUAACGGGACUUAACUUAAAUAAAUCUUAAUAUUAAUAAGUUUAAAUAAGUUACUGCUCACACUAGUCAUACUCACAGAAUUUAUUCUAUGUCAGACUAUUGGCCUUUUUAAAAAUAAACAUUCAUUUAUGUCUAAUGUUUUAUUUAGCAUAAUUUAGGCUUAAGCAUUUCCAUAAAAUGUCACCUCUCAUCCUUGAAUUUCAAUUUCAUCGAGAGAAAUAUGAAGUUUUAUUCUUUAUUUUAGUGCUAGUAGUAGGAUGUUUCAAAUUAUCAAUUAAUAUAAAUGAUACUUAUAACUGAUACCCUUUAGCUUUGGUUGGAUGGCAGCUAGCUAAUUUAAUCAGCCUUUGUACAGUUGUUGAGUUCGGCAGUUUCCGCAAAUUUCUCUUGGAACUUUUGAUUAUUUUUUGCAAUUAAAAAGGACCACGACAAUGGCCCCAACAAAGUGAAUUGGUACUGAAUUUAACGACCAAAAGGGAAAUUUUCUGUUUCGGUUUAAUCCUGAAGUGUCAAAGUGUCCUCUUUUCAUAGCCAUGUUCAUUGUUUCUAUAGAAUAGUAGUUACUAUCCUAGUGUCUCAUUUGUAUUUACUUAGUUUACAUGUUUUAAUAAUUGUAAAGCGCUUAGAGCUUUAUGAUAAGCGCUAUAUAAAAAUGCCUAAAUAAAUAAAUAAAUAAAUAAAUGUUGGCAAAUGAGACUAUAACAAAACACAUUUAUUGAUAUUUCUGGUCGUAUAACCGUAUUCUUUAAUAGGUUGCCAUACUUUGGCCAGUGCGCAAAGCAGUGCCGUCUUAAGGCAUGGAUGCCCUCGGGUUGAUCCUGAAGUGUCAAAGUGUCCUCGUUUUAUAGCCAUUUUCAUUGUUUCUAUAGAAUAGUAGUUACUAUCCUAGUGUCUCAUUUGUAUUUACUUAGUUUACAUGUUUUAAUAAUUGUAAAUCGCUUAGAGCUUUAUGAUAAGCGCUAUAUAAAAAUGCCUAAAUAAAUAAAUAAAUAAAUAAAUGUAUGAAUCACAAUGAAAACCCCAAAAAUGAGUUUAAAAAAUAAAUUAUUAGUAAGUUUGAAAGUGAACAAACUGUUUCCAACUUUGCUUAAUAUUCAGAGAACCACUAUUAGUAAGUUUGAAAGUGGACAAAAUGUUUCUAACUUUGCUUAAUAUUCAGAGAACCACUAUCAUAUUAUGAUUCAUAGGGUUCAUAUGUAGCAUAAUACUAAUACUAAUAACAUUUGGGGAAUAGAUUAACUGAAUUUCAUUUAUUGGUAAAAAUUUUUUAUGUUUAGUCUUUUUCAGGCACUCAGGAAUGGAUUUAGUUACAAAUAUUUAAUUUUUAUUUAUUUCAUUUAAUUAAUUUUUCUGUUAAAAAAUAAUAUUACCUCUUUAUUAAUAUAAAAAUUCACAAUUGUUCUUGUAAAUUAAUAUUUUUUUAUACAAGUACUUGGAUAUAGCCAUAAAAAGUGUCCGAAAAAUGCAAAUGCCCAUAGUAAAAAGUAUGCAAUUAUUUUUAGUCAUUAACCUCCAAGCCCAAGGCUUGAAAAUUGAUUGUAAUGUUUUCUUAAACUAUGGCUUUUUGUUAUUUGGUACCACUGAUAAUUUUCAAAGUCAAAUAAUAAUCAAAUGUUUUGCAAUUUCACUUGAACAUAUUAAUUAUACUUAAUGAUAAUAUGUUUUUUUUUUUAUUAUAAGGUGCUGGACUUGGCAAGCAAGAGAAUGGGAGGAGUGACCCUAUCAAAGUAUCCCUAAAAAUGGACAAAACUGGUGUAAGUAAAUAAAUCAGGCUUUAUGGUGGUGUCUGUUGUAUGUAAAGAUUAGUACCAAAUAACUUUGACAUUAUCAAUAUCCUAUACCUCUAGGUUGGUCAUGACCCAGGAAAAGAAUUUACAGAUCACUGGUGGCUAAGGGUUUUCAAUGAAGCUGCACAAAAGAUAGGUCAAAACAAGACGGUAAAAUAAUAUAUUUUUUUAUUUUUGAGAAUGAAAUAUAAAUGAGCAUAUAUUUAAGUUUUAAAAUUCUUUACUCUUAAACUUAAACAAUUAGAUGGACCAUCAGAUAGAACAUAUUUAAUCUUAAUGAUUGUAGCAUUUCAAAUUUCCAGUAAUAUUUUUUGCCUUCCCUUUUUCAAAAGAAUAUUUCCAGUGAAAGUACCAAAAAGUCUGAGGAUAAAAAGAACUUCUACAAAGGUUUUGUUAAGGUAUUUAAUUAAUAAAGUUCUGUAUUUAUCUGUUAAAAAAUAUCACUUUUGGGUUGACAUUUUCAUUAGGGUAACAGUAACAGUUCUGAUAUUGAUUGUUGCCAAAUACUAUAAGACUCUGAGUAUCAUGUAUAUUUUUCACCUGGUUUAAGUUUUGAAUUGCAAAUAUUCAGACCUGGUAUGCUUAUGAUUUUGGUAUACAAUGUACGAUUUUAUGAUAGUGCACAGAGAGCUGUUAGAACUACGAUUUUAUGAGAUUAGUUUGAAAAAUAUUUUUUGGUACUUUCUAUGAUAAAAACAAUUAUUAAAUAUUAUAGUUGUUAGUUCUAUUUCCCUCCUACAGCUAGUGGUGAAUGGCCCGAUAAAUUUCGUUGGCGACCAUCAAUAAUUAUAUUAUGUACACUUAAGAGUGUACAGUGUGUACAUGGGAGGGCUUAGUCGCCGGGUGGGGGAGAGCAAUGUUUAAAUAUUUUUAAUGGUUGUAUAAUAGCAGUGCCUUGUUUUAUAAAGAGGGUGAUUGUUGUCAUAUUGUUGCCUUUUAUUUUUACAAUGAAUACUCCCAUUCGGCAAUGGUAAUAUUAGCGUUCACUUUUGUUUGCUUUGGUGUUGUAUGACGUAAUUUCGUUCAAAGACUGAACCGCAACAAUAGUGAAAAUGGAGAAAAGUUCUGAUUAAUUUUUAUUAAAAAUACAUUGUCAUAAGAUUUUGAUAUAUUUCAUUAGACCUAGAUAGUGGCUUGAAAAAUAUGUUUAGAAGUCACUAAACAGCUAUACAAUGCCCCAGUUUUGUUCCAACACUCCUCUUCCCAUCUCCCAAUACAGCUUGCUGUAGUUAUUAGGCUAUAAUAUGUUAACAGAAAAUAAAAUCAGACUCCUAGGCUUGAUGUAGGGGUGAGCAUCCCGCAGCCCCACCACAUAUUGUGGCCUGCAGGAUGUAUCAAAUGAACAUAUUUCUUUAUUAAAUUAAUGCUUAUUUUCAUUCUUAGCAAGAAACACAGUUGAAAUAUAUAUAAAUCAUUUUUUUUUGUGAUGGUAUGUGCCAGUUUGUUUGCUCAUCCCUUUAAAAAAAAAUUAUAAAACAAUUUUACUAUUUAGUAACUACUAAAAUUAAAGGAUUUAUAUAAAAACAGCUAGGUAAAGGGAACCUAAUUUUCCGAUUAAGUGAAGAAUGAUGCAGAACUAUAUUCAGGUAUCCACAUUUCUACAUUUUGAAUUUAUAAAAAUUUUUUUUAUAUAAACAUUGGUUAUCUACUUUGACCGGUUUUUAGACAUGCAAUGCAAAUAGAUUUAGUAUACUAUACUGUAUGCUUAUUUAUUUGCUAUAAGAAUACAAACGGGUCAAAGUAGAUAACUAACAUUUAUGUAAAAAAAAAUUUCAAUAUGGUACAACCAUGUGAUAGUAAUAUUCUGAAACUAUACUGUACUAUUUUGGGCAGUUUGCUAUGAGCUUAUUAAUGUUGAUGUUUAAAUAAAUUAAGCGUUGAAAAAAUUCUGAAACUUUUUAUUGAAUAUAAAUACAAAAUUUAAGGCAAGAUUCUGUUUUUUAAUGAUUUUUAUUAACUGGAACAGCCAAGAUCAUACGCUUGUAUGCAGAAUGCACGAGGCCAAGCACUGGCAACAUCUUUUAGUCCUAUGAUAUUUCAAUUCGCUUUCAAAUAAAAUUUUGUUUAGAUGUAAAGUGAUAUAAAACUGAUAUUCCUUUAAGUGUAAUAUUAUAUUUAAAUUCAAUUUCUUGAUAUACAAUUGUUAACAAGCAAUAAGUGUUGUGAAAUGUAUGACUUAGUGAAUUGUGCUCUUUUGAUACUAUAGCAGUUUUGAACACAAUAGAAGACAACUUCAUCAUGGUCCAUUUAGCAUACCAUAGGCCCUCUCAGUGUAAUUAUUUUGUUUGUUUUUUUUGGGGGAUGGGGGGGGGGUACCAAGAAUUUGCAACCAAGGGGAUAUAACCCAGUGAUUACAAAUUUUAUUUGGAAAAAGUAAUUGGUGGUUAUUUAUUUUGUUUGGUUACAGGUAGCUUACAUAACAAUGGAAGGCUGUUUUUUUAAUGUUGUAAUUUAGAAUUUGAUUAAAAAAUGUUUUAAAGGCUUGUUUAUUUUUAAUAAAUUGCUGUUACGCUUUGUAAAAUACAUUGUUUCUUUUGAAGAGCUCUACACUUAGUAAUGGAAUUGAAAAGGCUAAUAAAGAUUCUGAUUCUAGUGAUGAGGAAUCCAAUGAUGGGCCAAAAGUAAGGUAUGUCCACAAACAAGGGUUAUCCUCAAAAUCUUUUUCCUAAAGUCAGAUUGUUUUGUCUGUGCCCAUGCCGUUAUAUGUAUAGUUACUUAUUUAACUACUUGAGCUAAAUCUUAAAACAUAAUUUUUCUUUUAAUAUUUCUGAAACCAAAAAAACCCCCAUCCUACCCCUAAUAUUCUGACCUAACUUUCAGUUUGCCCACAUUGGAUGACAUACACAAGUUUUGUGGUGGUGCUACUGGACACAGGUAAGUUGUUAGUCAUUGUUAGGGUUGUAUAACUUACAAAAACAUACUAGUUUCAGUCAUAAUUAAAUAACUAUUUUAAUCGUAGGCACCAUUCCAUUAUAUCCACAUAAUAUCAAACAUAAAACAUGGUGAUAUUCUCCCUUUUGCUGGGCACACCUUCGAAUGAAAUUUUUAUACAAGUUAAUGGUAAUGGUAAUUCUGCCAUGCAUGUUGAUCACUGGAACUUUUCCACUGAAUUAAAAUGUUCUUUACAAUGAAACCAAGAAAACAGAUUUAAGAUAUCCAAUUAUGGCAUUAUCUCCCAAUGAAAGUUACAUUUUCUUGAUUAAUUGACAAAAUAAAGGUAAAACUUUUUUUAUUACAAAAUUUCUUUAUAUAUAUAUUUUUUUUUUCCCUCUGCUGAGUUAAAGCAUCAUGUGGAAAAAGCAGUUAUUUACGUUACUGGUUGUGCUAUUUGAAUAAAAGGUGCUAAACGGGAAUUAUCAUAAAGAAUUGUCGCAAAUGGGCCAGUAGUUUAAUAAUGUGUCCCAGCUGAAUAAUAUCAACAAACUUAAUAUCUGUAUCUAAAUACCAGUAUGGGUGUCUAUGCCCCAUUUGGCCCCUAGACCUUGAACUUGGUACACUCUGUGUCUGGGUCGUUUCAGUCAUGGUAUUGGUGUUAGAUUCAGAGUUCACCAUGAGUACUAGUAAUAGCAAAAGAAAAAUUUACAGAUAAGCAUUGUAAAAACACUUUUGACUAUUCAAUAACGAAAUAGAUAACAAACUAUUACAGUUUCAAUAAUAGCUCAAUAAGUCUUGAAAUUUUUAAGCAAAUCAAAUUAUCAAAUCCCGUGGUUACCAGGUAUUAAAAAAAUGAAUUUUGUAGGCCUAUCACCCCCAACUCAGAUUAAAAAAAACUGCAUCUUUUCCAUCCCUGUGUAGAUGUCCAUGAAUACCAGUUUAAGAUAAUAUCAUCAUGACGUAUACUUAAAAUUAAUGUUUCAAUUAAUGAUAGUGUAGCCUUCACCUUCAGGUCAUAUUAUCAAUUUCAUAAACAGCUUUUACUUUACAGGGCAGCCAUGUUUGGCAUCAAAAUGAAAGGAAAAUUGUCACGUGUAGCUGAGCAGGACCAGCAGUUUGAGGAACAAUUGAAGAAGAAAGAAAACAGAGUUGGUGAUUGUACCCAAGAAAAGAGAACUUCAGAUGAGGUUCAGAACAGACCAAACAAUGAUACAGAUAAAAAAAUGAAGAAAAAGAAGAGGGUUGAUCAUGCAGACAUUACUGAGAGUCAGAAUGAAAUGAUUGAUAAUAGAGAGAUGGAAACAACUCAGGGAAGAAGUGAGAAAAAGCACAAAAAGAAGAAAAGAAAGAAAGACAAACAUGAUUCUAAAAGUAUUGGUGUUGAUGAAAGGGAGGAAGAAAUUGUUGAAGCAAAUGAUUUGGCAGCUCAACCUGAAUCAAAAAGUAAAAAAAGAAAAGUGGUUGAAGCUGAUGUUGAGGACGGGGCUCAAGAGAAUACUAAACUUUUGAAGAAGAAAAGGAAAAGAUCAAAAGCUGAAAAACAUGAUGACAAAGAAACAGACAAUUUUCAUAUACCUAGUGCUACUGUGGACAUCACUGGUCAUGAAAUUAUUACACAAAAGAAAAAAAAGAAACGACCAAAGUCAGAAAAGCUAAACGAUAACGAAGCAGACCUUGCUGAUACCGCCACUGUUGAUGAGGUAGUGAGUGUUGAAAAAAAUGGGACAUCAAAGAAAAAAAAGAAGAAAAAUGUUUGAUAUAAUUAUUUUUUAUUUUUAACUAGGAUCUAAAACUAAAAGCAAUUAAAAAAAUAUACAUUAUUUCUUUGUUUGUAUAUAAUGUUAAAUCUAAUUUUUUAUUAUUUCCAUCCUGAAUUCAAAGUAGGUUUUCU